AUGGCGGCGGGCGAACGCCUCGAAACUACAGACCGUGGUUCUAAGCCACUGGCCUGCACUCACUGCAACGCGAGGUUCUCUCGCCCCAGCCAUCUGCACCGCCAUCGUCUUACGCAUCUACCAUCGUCCCGAAAGUCAUUGAUCAAAUGCCCACACUGUGACAUAACAUUCUCCCGGAACAAUGUCCUCCUCCGCCACUUGCGCGGCGCUCACCAUGUCGACCUCGUCGUCAAACGAUCUUCAUGUACAGGAGCACAGGCGAUCUGCAAGUUUCCCGGCGCAUCUCACUCCCGUUCGCCUGAUCUCGAGUCCGAGACACCUGAUGCUCUCGAUGGCAACGAGCGUACUGGCGUGAUGGGCGUCGCCGGCUUUUCAGCAUUUGACCCGUCUUUCGAGUCCACCGAUAUCCCACAUACACCACAGAUCCUCCAAACACCUGACUCAACUUCGGGCAAUAGCCUCUUCCCCGCGACCUACCUUGGUACCCAGCGCCAUGCUGAUGACCUCGAUAACGACUCAGCCGUCAGUUCGGUGGAAGGAUUCGGACAGGCAGACAACGCGAUCUUCGGUAUCAACGCCCUGGAACCUGAUGGCGCUGGUAUCUCGCCUUCCCAUUUUGCCUUGAUGCAGCCUGAUUUUCGUACAAUCGGAUUCGACUGGCUGGACUUUGACAUGCCCGAGUCAACCCCAGGUUUGCAGGAAAUUCUGAUUAUCGACACUACUGCCGUCGAACGCUGGUCUGAUCGCCAGACAUACACUCCUCAGCCUCUCCCGCCAACAGGGAGGAUGUCGUCGCAACAUCCAGAUCGGCCUCCAACAAUUGAACAAGGACAAGCGAGGACAGCACAGCCAAGCCCAACACUACGGCCCUUGGAGCCACAGCAGGCACUUCAGCCAUGGCCCUUCGACCACGCCCAAGAUUCCGCACCACACAGAUACAUGUUACCCCCCUUGAGAGACGUACUACAAAGCAGUUUCCGAGGCGGAUCUUCCGACAGAAACAACGCACUUAAUAGUCUCAUCCAGAUUCUGUCCGACAGAGAAUUGCCCGCCUCAGCACAUGUUCAAGACGCCAAUACGGCCCAAGCCCUCAGUGACUUGCAAAGAUUGCUUGAUCUUUACUUCGCCCGAUUCCACGAUAUUCAGCCAAUACUUCAUCGGCCUACCUGGUACACGGCUGAGUGUCCAACCGUGCUGCUGACCGCGAUGGCAUGUGUUGGAGCUUUGUUGUCCGACGAAGAGCGGGAUAAAGAGUUGUCCUGGUCACUCAGUGACAUUUGCAUGCCGAUGAUUACUUGGCUGGGAUGGGACUUCUCAGUAGUCGAUGGAGUGUUGGCGAAGAUGACGGUCACGAAGUCUCUCUGGCGACCGACCCCAAGCAUGCCGACUAAGAGUGGUCCCUCUGGUCUUUGCACGCUCACAAGCCACCGGGGUGCCGUCGACCUAAGUGAACUACCCAGGACGCUGCCUUGUACUGAGUCUCUGUGGAAUGCACCUUCAGCCCAAGCUUGGGUUGCCUUACGGUCCCGCCUUGGACCUGGGAGCUUGAGCACUACUUUAUCCACGAUACUCAAAGCUGUGUUAGCUGGUCACGCCUUUCCCAGCUGCCUCGGUACCUGGGCUAAGAGACUUUGCGGCCAGGUCAUUGGACGUCUGCUUUGGGACUUGAAGCAACUCGAGAUUGUGGCAAUGCCCGAGCAUUUCGGACUGACUUCCUUAUUGAGUGCCCACCAGCAGUCAAAACAAUCGCUUCUUGGUGCACUACGGAAGUUACUGGAGUCUAUGGGCACCGUCUCAACGACCUCGGAACUCAUUAGCUACAAUAUCACGGGGCUUCUCUGCCACUACUCGCACCUCUACGCUGCAAACGACGUCACAGGUGUCAUAAUUUACAUUGUCCGCAGUCUUAUAUCCCAGCGUGCCAAGCAUCACAAAGGCAUCGAGGUUGCGCGGAAGCGACUGAGAUCCUCGUUCGCCCAAGACCGAAGAUCAAGUCGGAGGCUUGUUCACCAUGCUGCACAAAUCAUAGCAAUUGCCAACGAGUAUCUCGUAUCGGCGCCGUGCGAAAUCAUGCGCACUUUCAUGGGCUAUGUCUUCAUCCUCGCCUAUUCAUCCUAUGGACCCCGUGCCGAGCUGAUGCCUGGAGGCAAGACACCGAUCCGCCUCGAUGUGCCGCUUCACCAGCCAGCCCAGCAACAGUUCACGCUGCAGUGGAUUGACGAUGGUGGCCCAGCCGGCCUGGGUUCCGUCGUCAACAUCCUGGCCGAUGACUGUGUACCAGCCAUCAGCCGGGACGCACAGCUGAUGAUGCAGAGGCUCAAGUGCUGGGGAUUAGCAGACCAGUUCACCAAGAUUUUGCACAUUUUCGACGUCAACGGCUUCUGA